UCCAUUGAAGAAAAUGGCUCGUACGAAGCAGACUGCUCGCAAAUCCACCGGUGGUAAGGCUCCCCGCAAACAGUUGGCCACGAAGGCUGCUCGUAAGAGUGCCCCAGCCACUGGCGGUGUCAAGAAACCCCAUCGUUAUCGUCCCGGAACCGUCGCUCUCCGAGAGAUUCGCCGUUACCAGAAGUCGACUGAGCUUCUGAUCCGCAAGUUGCCCUUCCAGCGCUUGGUCCGAGAAAUCGCCCAAGAUUUCAAGACCGACUUGCGGUUCCAGAGCUCGGCCGUCAUGGCCUUGCAAGAGGCAAGCGAGGCCUACUUGGUUGGUCUUUUUGAAGAUACCAAUUUGUGUGCCAUCCAUGCCAAACGAGUUACCAUUAUGCCCAAGGACAUCCAACUGGCUCGUCGUAUCCGUGGUGAACGUGCUUAAUUGCAUUUUUGAUCUUUCAAUUCUCCAACGGCUCUUUUCAGGGCCACCAGAGGUUCAGGUCAAGAAAUCAAUGCUUCUUUAGUAUA